AUGGAUCCCAUCAAGUACAUCUUUGAAAAGCCCACUCUCACUAGAAGGAUAGCUCGGUGGCAGGUUCUGUUGUCAGAAUUUGAUAUUAUCUAUGUCACUCAGAGGGAAAUAAAGGGGAGUGCCUUGGCGGAUUAUCUAGCUCAACAACCCAUUAAUGAUUAUCAGCCUAUGCAUCCAGAAUUUCCUGAUGAAGAUAUCAUGACCUUGUUUGAGGAGGAGGUCGAACAUGAGGACAGGGAUAAGUGGAUUGUGUGGUUUGAUGGUGUGUCUAAUGCACUAGGCCAUGGGAUAGGGGAAGUAUUGGUUUCCCCAGAUAAACAAUAUAUACCUUUCAUGGCUAGGUUGUGCUUCGACUGCACAAACAACAUAGCGGAGUACGAGGCAUGUGCCCUUGGGAUCCGAGCAGCGAUCGACUUUAGGGUCAAGUUAGUCAAGGUAUACGGGGACUCAACAUUGGUGAUUCAUCGGUUGAAAGGUGAAUCGGAGACCAAAGACCACAAAUUGGUGCCUUAUCAGGCUUACAUCAAGAAAUUGAUGGAACUCUAUGAUGACAUAUCAUUUCAUCACAUUUCUAGAGAGGAAAACCAGAUGGGCGGCGCCUUUGCCACUCUGUCGUCCAUGUUCAAAGUGAGCCAUCACGGAGAUUUGCCAUACAUCAAGUUCAAAUGUCAUGGUGAGCCUGGACAUUGCUGUUUGAUAGAAGAAGAGGAGGAUGGUAAGUCUUGGUACUUUGAUAUCAAACGAUACAUUAAAGACAAGGAAUACCUGCCUGAGGCCUCUGACAAUGACAAGAGGAUGUUACGAAGGUUGGCGGUCGAUUUCCUCCUGAGUGGAAAUAUCUUGUACAAAAGAAACCAUGACAUGGUGUUGCUUUGGUGUGUGGAUGCAAGAGAGGCUGAACAAAUGCUAGUAGAGGUGCAUGAGGGAUCCUUUGGUAUGCAUGCCAAUGGACAUGCCAUGGCCUGA